AUGGGAAUAAAUCAAGAAGGGGGACAAGGAAAAUACCUCGGUUUACCGGAGGCAUUUGGACGGAAGAAAAAAGACCUCUUUAGCGCUGUGGUGGACAGAAUAAGACAAAGAGCCAUCUUGUGGUCGUCUAAAAUGCUCUCAGGCACAGGAAAGGUGGUUCUACUCAAAUCAGUACUCUCCUCUAUGCUUACAUACUCAAUGUCCUGCUUUAAACUCCCGCAUGGGAUAAACUCACACUCGGGGAAAAGAGAAGGAGGACUUGGCCUUCGAGAUAUCCAGGGCUUCAGUGAUGCAUUACUCAGUAAACUAAGUUGGCGAAUCCUCUCCAACCCAGACUGCUUACUAGCAAGACUACUCAAAGGAAAAUACUUCCCGGAAUUAGAGUUUUUAGAGUAUGAAAUGAAUGAUGGAGGCUCUCACGGCUGGAAAGGCAUAAUGAUAGGCAGAGAUCCGUUGAAAGGAAAAUUAGGAAAGGUUAUUGGUAAUGGAAAAUCCACAAGUGUAUGGGACGAUCCAUGGCUUUCGACAAAAGAGCCUAAAAGACCAAUGGGACCAACACCAGAGCAUACUAAAGAUAUGAAGGAGGUGUGGCGACAAGCCCUUUUCAGAAAUCAGAUUAUGUCAGGGGGUCUUACUAACAUCAAAGCAGGAAUCUCAGCGCUCAACGAGGCGAUCAGCCUACCACCGACCAGAAUCAGAGCAGGCACGCUGGCACCAUGGAUCAUGUAG